CUACUGUCAGAAAUCAGAAAAGUGACCCGACCAUGAACAGCUUACUGUUCCCAUUGCGGUGCUAUCGCUUAAACAGUGUUUCUGCCGGAAUCUGGAAAAAGACGACUAGGAUUCACGCUCCCUAUGUUCGUUCGUUUUCAUCCUCGGGUCCUAAUCGAUUCCAUCUUCCUUUCGUUUCCUCCUCGAAGCGUCAGAGUUCAACGAAGAUUCCUACGUAUGUUUGGAUGACGGUCGGAGGAUCCUCGGUACUAGUUGCUUACUGCUACGUUUCUUUUCUAGACCGGGCGCCUUUAACGUCACGGUUACGAUGGAUCGCGACUUCACCCGACUGGGAGGAAUCCAUGGGAGACCAAGAAUAUCGAAAACUGAUACAGCAUUUUCGGUCAGACGUUCUGCCACCAUCUCACCGGGCAUCUAUUACGGUCCAUCGGGUAGGACACCGUAUUACCGAGGCGGCUCUGGAUUUUGCUAAAACAUACAGCCUACACUCCUACGUUCAAAAUUCCCGACCCUACACCUAUUCAGUUGUGCGGUCGGAUACGGCCAACGCCUUUGUGCUGCCGGGAAAUCACGUAUUCGUCAUGACGGGCUUGUUUAAGUUUGUGAAGAAUGAGGAUGAGCUCGCCGCCGUCCUCGGGCACGAAAUGGCGCACAACUUGGCACGACACGCCGGCGAAAAAGUGUCGGGCUCCAUUGUCGUCAAUAUCCUAGCCCGCAUAUCGCUGCUCAUUGAUCCGUCGGGAAUUCUGAUGACGUUCUUGUUGCCCGCCGCCACAGUGUUGCGAGAAUUACCAAACAGUCGACAGCAAGAAACCGAAGCGGAUCAUAUCGGUUUGCAUCUGGCCGCCAGAGCCUGUUACGAUCCGCGUGCCGCUCAACGUGUUUUUGGAGCGAUGAAAGCGGCCGAGACUUCGGAUGUCCAAAGAUCUCCCGAAUUUUUAUCCACGCAUCCAACACAUGAUCGACGACUGGAAGAUUUGGCAACGUUUAUGCCGGAGGCGCUAGCAAUAGUGGAGCGAGACGCCGAUCGUUGCCGGCACAUACGAGCAGAUAUGUCGUUGGCGAGGCAACGUGCAGUUCGGGAAGCACAAAUAAGCAACACACAGUCGUACAAGAACAAUCGCGAACGGUGA